CGACAUUUGAACUUAGAACGCCGCGCGCGACGCUCACGAAUGACGCCGCGGAUUUUACCGAUAAAUAUUUAUGCUGUGACAUUUUAACUUUUUAAAUCUUACCAGCCAGUGCUGGCAAGCGCUGGACAGUUUUUUUUUUUUACGAUAGGAAAUUUCUAUUCUGCCAGUAUUUUUUUUAAAGUCAGUUUUAAGGAUUAAAAUAUUAAAAAUGGGGUUUUUAGAAGAGAGAGAUUUUGACAAAGUGCCGUCGAUAAAGGAGUUCUAUAAAGGAAAGACGAUCUUGAUUACAGGAGGUUCUGGUUUCAUGGGCAAAGUGCUGAUAGAGAAGCUGCUAUACUCAUGUACGGACCUGGACCGUAUUUACUUGCUGAUGAGGUCCAAAAAAGGCGUCAAAUCAGAGGACCGGCUGGCGGCGCUGUACUCCACUGAUUACCUGUACGACCGUUUGAAGAGAGAAAGACCAGGCGUGUUUGAGUCUAAGGUCCACGUGAUAGCUGGAGACAUCCUGGAAAGAGGAUUAGGACUGUCCGAGGAAGACCGCACUCUCCUAGUCAACCGAGUCAACAUCAUAUUCCACGUAGCAGCCAGUGUUAGAUUUGAUGAUCCUCUGACAUUUGCUUGCAAAUUGAACUUGCAAGGGACGAAAGAAAUCGUUGAUUUGGCGAAAGAAAUUACCGAUCUAAAGGCUCUGGUCCACGUCUCUACGUCGUACUCUAACACUAACCGAGACCCCAUCGAGGAGGUGAUGUACCCUCCUCACGCUGAUUGGCGAGAUACCCUCAAAGUGUGCGAGAAUAUAGACGAACAUACUCUGAGGAUCGUGACGCCUAAGUAUCUUGGCGUGCUUCCAAACACCUACGUGUUUACGAAACAAUUGGCAGAGCAUGUCGUGUACGAGCAUAAGGGGCAACUCCCCGCUGUCAUCAUAAGACCUUCCAUUGUAAUUUCAAGUGUCUCGGAGCCGAUGCCGGGAUGGAUUGAAAACUUUAAUGGACCAGUCGGGAUCCUUGUUGCCUGUGGAAAAGGGAUUAUGCGAAGUCUAUACUCAGAUCCAUCUCUCACAGCCGAUUACAUUCCUGUUGAUGUCUCCAUCAAGAACAUCAUCGCAGCUGCCUGGGCUAGAGGAACCAAGCCACUAGAGCCGACAGACGACAUCGAGAUCUACAACUCCUGCGCAGGAAAGCUCAACAACAUUACAAUGGGGGAGCUUGUUGAGAACGGCAAGAAAAUGGGGGCUGAGAUACCCCUCAACGACAGUCUGUGGAUGGUGGGCGGGUCUAUUACCACCUCCAAAACUAUACAUUACAUCAAGGUUUUAUUUUUGCAUCUUUUACCGGCUGUAUUCAUCGAUCUCGUUUUGUGGAUACUGGGAAAGAAGCCAAUGUUAAUAAAAAUACAAAGGAGAAUCUAUAUCGCAAAUCUCGCUCUCCGCUACUAUGUCACCAAGCAGUGGACCUUCACCAACCAGAACUUUGUGAAGCUUAGAUCCAGGAUAAAGAAAGAGGACCAGGAAGAGUUCUACUACGAUGUUGAAAACGUGGAUAAAUUCGAUUACUUCAUGCAGUGCAUCAUCGGUGGCCGCAGAUACUUGCUGAAGGAAAAAGACGAAGAUUUGCCCAUGGCCAGGGCGCACUACAAAAGGGUAUACUGGCUGGACAAAUUCGUGAACUGCGUUUUCUACGGAUUCUUAUUCUGGAAGAUUGCCAAUUCGAGUUAUCUCCAGGAGUUCAUUCUUGGCUUUAGGGAACUGUUCUAAUGUUUCGAGUUAAUUCAUUGACAUAUCUAAGGACGGGCCUUACGGGCAAUAAGAAUGGGGCCAGUACAGCGGUGUCACGCACACGAAUUCAAGGCAAUCGGGCAGUCUAACUCCACAACGCGAUUCGUUGAUGAGUUCGCAUCACGCGCCCGAUUGGUAGCAACUAGUUGCGUUGGACUGCACGAGUGGCUCGAUUCGUGAGUGACACCGUUGAGCUAGCACCAUUCUUAGUGCCCGUAAGGCCCGUCCUAGAUAUGAGUCAAUUCUUUUUUUGUUAAUAUAGUUAGUCACAAUAUAUAGUUCGUGUCAUCCACGAUGACGCGCAGAUUUGUCAAAUCUAACCUGUAUUAACAUGACAAUACGGGUCAAGGCGCGCGUCUUCUAGAAUGACACGAUCUAUAUUUAUUAUGUAAAUAAGUUUCUAACUUUCUAUCACAUAGUCUGAAUCGAUUAAAGUAUAUUGUGGAAUAAAAUGUCACAAUACUACAAAGAAAACAAGUUAUUUCUGUUUCUGUUUAAUUUUCUUUUUAUCACACUUGCUCGUAAACGGUGUUUUGUAUGACAGCAUACUGAUAUGUUAUGAGCUGCAUGGUCAUGGGCAUAUUUUUUUUUAAAUUUAAUGAUAUAAAAAAAAUAUUACAAAAUUAAAUUAAAAAAAAAAGUAUUACGCCCGUGGCAUAAUGAUGCCCAUGGGUAUAUUGGGCAUAAUGUUUUUUACAAGUAGGUAUAAAAUGAGUUUUACUUUUAAAAUACGGACUUUUUUUUUUUCGUUAUGCUUAUUUAAUUUGAUUAAUGUAAUAGCCGCUUAAAAUAUUUUUACACAAAUAUCAAUAGUGGCUGAAGGCCGGAUAGCUUUGUGCGCUCGAUGCCUAACCUGUCAAAAAAUUACAAUAUGGCGGACGAAAUGCGGACGAAUGUUUUAAAUGCCAAAGUAUUUACGAAUUAUUUCGCUUAAAAUUUAGUUGUUUCUGCAAGUGUGAUGAAAAACAUUGUGUGGAACUCGGGGGGGAAUAUAUAGCAAACUCGGGCCUCUAAUUUAUCACCCUCGUUUAUCUCAGUUACCCCUCGUUGCACAAUAUUCAGUCAUAAUUUUUAGUUUGGAAAAGUGUAUAAAAUAUAGCAUAGAUAAAUGUAUAAAAAUAAAGCUUGUAUAUGUAGCUUUACUACCUAGAGUCGGACCAAACUUACUUUUCAUGGCAUUUGUAAUGACAAAGUGUGGUCACGUCGUAAUUACCUAUACCUAUAUUUUUUAUAAAUAACCUCGUUUAACUUAAAAAUAACCAAAUGAUGAAUGUUCCCAAAUACCAAAGCGUAAAAUUACCAUAAUUAUGUGAUCAAAAUCACUAAUAUAUAAUAUAUAAUAAAUAAAUAUGUACAUUUUUUUUGAUACAAAAAUAAACGAUGAGAUGAAGUAAAAGAGA